UUCCGCCCACGCGGCUGCCGGACUCCGCCUCCGGAAGUGCCACUGAGAAGCGCCGGCCUCCAAGCGGUCCAGAGCGACCCCGGAAACCCUGGGGCUGUUCCUAGAGCGAGGGUGUUCGCGACGGGACGGCUGUGUGGCUUGCUGCUCUGCUCGGAACAGGGAUGGAGGAAAUAUCCGCCCAGGAAGCAGCAGGAUCACCAGUUGUCCAGUUUCAAUCUCUGGAGAGCCUGUCUGAGGGUCUGUCCCCAGAGCCUCCGUUCACGCAGGACACCGACAUGGAACAGGAGCUCAACGGGGGAUUUCCAAUUUCCAAGCCUGAUGGGAUCUCCCAGCGGGAACAAGAUCUACAGGUCUUUGAUCUGGAAACUAAGAAUAGAGAAGUCUUAAGAGAUGACUGCUCAGAUGGAGAGACCAGAGAAGAGAACAAGCUGUUGAUUCCUAAGCAGGAAAUUUUGGAAGAAGUACAUUCGUACAAAGUGAGAGUAGGAAGACUCAAAAAGGAUAUUGCCCAAGUUCCCGGGACUAGAGAAGUGUCUAAACCUGAGGACAGAUUAGAAAGGCUUCAGGAAAUCCUAAGGAAAUUUCUCUUCCUGGAGAGAGAGUUUAGGCAAAUAACAAUCAGCAAGAAAGCCUUCACCGGUGACAACAAUGAAUGUAAUGAACCUGAGAAAAGCUUCGGUCUGGACUCUACCCUUGAUACAGAUCAGAGAAUUCUUAGAAUACAGAAUAUUGAUGAUACUGAUAAGUAUGACAUGGGUGUGAAUCAGAAUUCAGCUGUUGGUAAACAAGAACAAAUAAACCUAAUACAGGAUGUUCAGAGUAGUGAAUACAAGGACAGCUUAAUGGAUCUCUCCCACCUUAGUAAAUGUGACAGCAUUCCUGCCACUGAGAAAUCCUAUAAAUGUGAUGCAUGUGAGAAAGUCUUUCAUCAGAGCUCUGCCCUUUCUAGACAUCAGAGAAUUCAUACUAGAGAGAAACCCUACAAAUGUAAAGAAUGUGAAAAAUCUUUCAGUCAGAGUUCAAGUCUUAGUCGACAUAAAAGAAUACACACUAGAGAAAAACCCUAUAAAUGUGAAGCAUCUGAUAAAUCCUGUGAAGCGUCUGAUAAAUCCUGUAGUCAGAGCUCAGACGUAACUCCACAUAAGAGGAUUCACACUAGAGCAAAAUCUUACAAAUGUAGUAAUUGUGAAAGAGUUUUCAGUCGUAGUGUACAUCUUACUCAACAUCAGAAGAUUCACAGAGAGAUGCCCUGUAAGUGUACUGUAUGUGGCAGUGACUUCCAUCAUACCUCAUACCUUGCCGAACAUCAGAAAGUCCACUGUGAAGAGAAAGCCUAUGAAUACAAUGAUUGUGGGUUGACCUUUGUUAAACAUCAAGGAAUUCAUCUCAGAGAAAAGCCCUAUACGUGUAAUGAAUGUGGAAAAGACUUCAGACUGAAUUCCCAUCUUAUUCAGCAUCAAAGAAUUCACAUAGGAGAGAAACCACGUGAAUGUAAUGAAUGUGGAAAAGCUUUCGGUCAAACUUCAUGCCUUAUUCAGCAUCACAAAAUUCAUGGGAAGGAGAAGUCCUAUGAGUGUGAUGAUUAUGAGGAAAGUUUCAGUCACAGCUCAGAUCUCGUUCUUCAGCAAGAAGUCCUCACCAGAGAAAAAGCCUUUGAUUGUGAUGCAUGGGAAAAGAACCUCAGUCAGAGAGCACACCUUGUUCAGCAUCAGAGAAUUCAUACCAAAGAGAAACCUUAUGAAUGUGAUGAACGUGGGGAGACCUUUAGUCAAAUUCAGGCCUCAUUCAACAUCUGAGAGUUCACACCAGGGAGAAAUCAUACGUACUGAAGGUGGUGAAGCCUUCAGUCAGUCAGCCUUUAUUCAGCAUCAGAGAAUGCACACCAGAGAGAAACCCUCUGAAUGUGAUGAAUGUAGGAAAACUAUUUGUUAGUGUUAAACUUCGUCAAUAUCUGCAAACCCAUACCAAUGAGGAAAUCUACGAAUAUAUUGAAUGUGGUAAAUGCUUCAUGCUAUUUUCAUACCUUAGUCACCAUUGGGAGAAUUCUUACUGGAAUAGAAUUCCAUCACUGUAAUAAAUGUGAAAUAGCCUUCAGUCAAAGAAACUACCUUGGUCAGCAUCAAAUUCAUUCCAUGCAGAAAGCCUAUGAAUGUAACAAGCGUGUAUGCGAGUGGGAGGACUCAGUCAUAUUCCACCCCUUAUUCAACAUCAAAGAAUCCAUGCCCAGGAGAAGCCAUUCAAGUGUAGCGAAGGUGACAAAUCUUUCAGUGGGAGUUCAAGUCUUUUUCAUCAUUAGAAUCUCCAUACUACACCAGAAUCUGAUAUAAUGCAAAUGGAAAAAAUGCUCCUCCACAUUUCAGGCUUUCCUCAACAUCAAAAUAUUGGGGAGAAAAUUUUAUAUAAAAUUGUUAAUAUAUAGCCCUGAUCUUUUUCAUUGCAGAAGAUAGUCUGAAUGCAGUGCAUUGGUGAAUGCAGUGCUGUAUCCUCAUGGCAUUCUUUUAUUUAAUAGGUGUAAGUAGGUAUAUACAUUUUAUUUAUGGAACUCAUUUAAACUAUUUUUUAAAAAUAUGGCCUAUGAACGUUUUUAUUUUUCCUGAAAUUUGGUUCCUGUAUGGCUUCUUUAAAAUAUUGUUAAUACACCACUGUAAAAACAUAAUUAACUUCUGGAAAGUAGCUCAUUUAGCUUUUUCUGGUGUUCUCAGCCCAAGUUCCCUCCAAAACAGACUUUUAGGUCUGCUGUUUUCUGAGCAUUCUACUUUCCUGUUCCUUUUCACCACAACAUUUGGAUUCCUGUUAAUUUCUCCAUUUUUUUAGCACCUUCUAAUGAUGGUGUUCUAGUAUUAAGCUUCUCACUAGCAGGUAUGCCGUCCCUGCUUGAUGCUCAUGUUCUGGUGUCUUCUUUCUUAAAGUGAAGCAUCUACCUAAAAAGAAUGGGAUUUUCACAUCCUGUCCAUCCAUGAGUUUGAAGGAUCCCAUCUCUGCUGUGUUUGUGGCAGGCAGCUAAACAUUUUCAAAUGACACCCAAGUUCUUUGCUGCCUUGUUUGCAUCCACAGCCCUCCAAAAGAGAUAAGGACAUCAGGGAGCCAACAGGACUCCUGGUGGUCUAGCUACAUUCAUUCAGCACCUAUUCUGCAUGUCAAAGUUUAGAAUUAUUUUAUAUACUUGUGUUGAAGGCCAGCAAAAUGCUCAGGUCUGCUUUUGAUAGGGCAAAAUAUGAAGAACAUACACAAAAAAGAGAACUUCAUAAGGGAAUGCAGCUUUUCAAAAAAGAUAUUGCUGUUCUUCUGUAAUCUCUCUAGAGGGAGUAUUUCAAGAGAGUGGCGGGUCUUCCUGGUAAAAUUUUAACGAC